CAGUGUUCGAUCAAACCUCUUUGAAUAAGAAGAAAAGUUGAGGUUCGGUCGGUUCAAUUCAAAAGGGUUGAACCCAAAAUAGCGGUUCAACCCCUAUCAAAAUAAUAUUUUUUUUUUUCUUUAGGAAAAAAAAAAUAACCAUCAAAAUGGAGAGAUUUAACAAAAAUAAUUGCUUCUUCUUGUUCGUGGUUUCUGUUGCCGCGAUAAUUCCCGCAACGGUUGGUCACAUUGCUGAGUAUGAUGAGGUGUGGCGGAGGCGAGCAGCUGAAGCCUGGAAACAUGCCCAACAGGCUUAUGAGCCCAAUCCACAUAACAUUUCUGCUUCCUUGAUUCACCAAGUUCGAAGGACAUUGUCAGAAGCCGUAGCUGAGGAUUUGACGACGAACACCACAGGUCGGCAUCUUCUUGGUUCAAAAAAGUAUCGUGGGCCGUGUAAUGCGACAAACCCGAUCGAUCGUUGCUGGCGUUGCCACGCCGAUUGGGCUAGCAACCGGAAGAGGUUGGCUGAUUGCGCAAUGGGGUUUGGGUACAAAACCAAAGGCGGCAAGUCUGGCAAAUUCUACACCGUUACAGACAAGUCCGAUGAUCAAUCAAACCCCAAACCCGGAACCCUCCGACACGCGGUCAUCCAAAAGAAACCCUUGUGGAUAAUCUUCGCACACGACAUGAACAUCAAGCUCCACCAGGAGUUGAUCAUGCAAGGUGAUAAGACGAUCGAUGGGCGUGGGGCCCAAGUCCACAUCAGCCAUGGCGCCGGUAUAACCAUUCAGUUCGUGAAGAACGUGAUCAUCCACGGGAUCCACAUCCACCACAUCUUCGAAGGUAACGGCGGCCUGAUACGAGAUGGCCUGGACCACUUUGGACUGCGAACCAAGAGCGACGGCGAUGGCAUCUCCAUCUUUGGUUCUUCCAAUGUUUGGAUAGACCAUGUGUCGAUGAGGAACUGUUACGACGGGCUUAUUGAUGCGAUCGAAGCAUCCACGGCCAUCACAAUUUCGAAUGGUCACUUCACAGAUCAUAAUGAUGUGAUGCUGUUCGGUGCAAAUGAUUUGUCCACAAAAGACAAGAUCAUGCAAAUCACCAUUGCUUUCAACCACUUCGGGAAGAGAUUGAUUCAGAGGAUGCCCAGAUGUCGGUUCGGAUACAUCCAUGUGGUGAACAACGAUUACACACACUGGAACAUGUACGCCAUUGGAGGGAGUGCUAACCCCACCAUCAUCUGUCAGGGAAAUCGAUUCAUCGCUCCUCCAGACAUACACAAAAAAGAGAUAACUCAUAGAACUGCGGGGACUCCGGCAGAAUGGAAGACGUGGACAUGGAGAUCAGAGGGAGAUAUAUAUAUGGGCGGAGCUUUCUUUGUUCAGUCGGGAGAUCCAGAUUUCAUGAAAAAGCAUAAUGAAUUGUACGAUGGGGUACAGACAUUCAAGGCUGAGGAUGUGACUUGGCUUACUAGGUUCGCAGGGGCGCUUAAUUGCAGAGUAGGAUCGCCUUGUUAGAUUGCAUUA